AUGGCCGCCCAGGACUUGAUCCAGGACGACAGCGAUGUGGGCAUUCACGUGGAGGCAAACGUCACGACCGUAGACUCCCCGCAGCAUCUGGCCAACGGCAUAUCUGACGCGAACGCCAACACCGUCAAACCGGAGGAAAACGAAGAAGAAGAAAGUAGUAUUUGCCGUUAUUUAAAAGAGAAACGUUUGAUCCAAACUUUGAGCAAAGGACUCAAACGCCACUGCGAUUACGUCAAAAUCUCGUUACCGGAAGACCCAGCAAAAUUUUUACCGACAGAGUGGUGGAAGACAGGCGUGGCUUUCUUAUACGCCGUCUUCAACCUGUUUUUCACGACGGUGGUGAUUACGGUGGUUCACGAAAGGGUCCCAGACAAGUCUGUGAGUCCCCCUCUGCCCGAUAAGUUCUUUGAUUACAUCGACCGCGUGCCGUGGGCCUUCACCGUGACCGAGGUGAACGGGCUCAUCCUGGUCGGGCUGUGGAUGCUGCAGUGGCUCGCCCUCAAACACAAAGCGAUUGUGGGACGGCGCUGCUUCUUCCUCAUAGGUACUUUGUACAUGUACCGCUGUAUCACCAUGUACAUCACCACUCUGCCGGUGCCGGGGAAACACAUGGUCUGCGCCCCAAAGCUUUAUAAUGAUUCCACGGGGAAGAUCUGGAGAAUUCUGCGCCUCAUCUCUGGAGGAGGUUUGUCCCUGACAGGGUCUCAUCUGAUGUGUGGAGACUUCCUAUACAGCGGACACACAGUCAUGCUGACGCUGUCCUACCUCUUCAUCAAAGAGUACUCUCCCCGCUGGAUGUGGUGGUAUCACUGGGGCUGCUGGAUCCUCAGUGCCUCUGGAGUGAUCUGUAUCCUGAUGGGACACGAACACUACAGCAUCGACGUGGUCAUCGCCUACUUCGCCACCACACGCCUCUUCUGGACCUACCACACUAUGGCCAACACACACUCGCUGCGUCGGGCUCCAAACAACCUGCUGUCCAGAGCGUGGUGGAAUCCAGUCUUCAACUUCCUGGAGAGAAAUGUGCAGACGGUUGUUCCCAUAGAGUUCUCAUGGCCCAUAAAGCUGCCUUCGUCCUGCCGGCAGAGAUACAAGAUGGUGGAGGGAGGACGGGACGACUGA